AUGGGGUUGAGUCAUGUGCCCGAACUCACUGCCCUGGAUUACGGUGUUUUCGGUCUAUCCCUCCUGAUUGCCUUAGCAGUAGGAUUGUAUUGUGGUUAUGCCGGGAGGAGGGACUCUCAGAAACAGUUGAUAGUGAGCGAAGACUUGAACAUAAUACCCAUCGUCCUCUCUCUGAUUGGCAGUUACAUAUCCGCCAUUGUCCUCCUCGGGACCCCAGCGGAGGUGUAUGCAAACGGAAGUCAAUGGUUUGUGACAGCGAUUGGGGCCACGUUUGGAUCUCUGACAGCAUGCGUCGUCUUUGUCCCUUUCUUCUACCGUCUCCACCUUUCCAGUCUCUUCGAGGGUGGCCUGAAGGCUGUAGUCUGGACGGACGCUUUGCAAGUCUUGUUCAUGUUCGGCGGAGUGCUCCUCAUCGUCAUUUACGGGACAAUACAGGCAGGGGGAGUCCAGGAAGUCUUGGUCCGAGCCUCAGCUCACGAACGAGGAGAGGUUUUCAACUUCUCGUUUGACAUAUACGAGAGGCACACGUUUUGGAAAUUGAUGACAUUCAUGUGGCUGGGCUGGAUGCUGGUUCAUGGAUGCAACCAACCAUCUCUUCAACGAUAUUCCUGCAUGAAGAACGAAAAGCAAGCCGUGAAGUGCGUGCUGUGGAACAUACCGGGGAUGGUUGCUCUCAUGGUCCUGGCGGCAUUCGCUGGACUGGUCAUAUUCGUCGUCUACGUGGACUGUGAUCCCUUGAAGGCUGGGUACAUCGAGAAGAAAGACCAGAUCAUCCCCUAUUACGUCAUGGAUAAGCUCGGUCAUCUCAAGGGUCUACCAGGAAUCUUUCUCGCUACGCUUUUCAGUGGAGCUCUAAGCACGUUGUCAUCUGGGUUGAAUUCCCUGGCAGCUGUGACAUGGACUGACGGGAUUGGGCUCACCAAAUGGCAUAAAAGCCUCAGCGAAAGACAGUCCAUUGUCAUCACCAAAGUCCUCGCGUUGGGAUACGGCUUGCUGGCAAUGGGGAUGGCGUAUGUCGUGUCCUUGUCUGGAGCGCGUGGCCUCAUCACGUUGGCGAUCACCUUGAGCAGCAUCACUAAAGCUCCAUUGGUCGCCGCUUUCUUCAUCUCCAUUUAUGUUCCCAUCAUUAAUGCCAAGGGGAUGUUUUCUGGGAUGGUGAGUGGGUUGGGUGUGACGGCCUGGCUCGCCUUUGGAGCCAUUGCAGUCGGAGUGCCCCCUCCAGCACCUCUUCCUUCUUCCAUCGAAGGGUGCCACGACUUGAAUGCCACCUCCCUUCAUAUUAUCAACGAAACUUUCAUCGACACUGCAUCACAAAUGUCUACAACUCACUCAUACCCUCACCUGUACGACAUGUCUUAUUUGAUGUAUCAACCACUCGGAGUCCUGACAACAGUGUUCGUGGCUCUAAUAGUCAGCGUCGUCACAGGUGGAUAUGACCUGGAUCUCCUGGAUGAUACCCUCGUGAACGGCUUUUGCCUCAAAACAUCACGGUUGAUGAAACGAUAUUUCUUCGGGUGGUCCAUAAAGCCACGGCUACAUAACAUCGAACUCAAGUCUCACUAGGAUUUUAUUUUUUUAUAUAUAAUAUAUUUAUUUAUCUUAGCUGAAUUGUCUUUCAAAAUAUCGCUGC